AUGGCAGACGGAGAGAAGAUCAACACUGGGCCUCCUGUGGCCAAAGCUGCUGAAGAUGAAGUGCCGCCGCCGUAUAAUGAAUUCGGCGAGGGCCCUUCAGCACCCAUGCCCUCAACUUCAGCCUUACGGAACGCUGGGCAGACCGGGGCCUCGGCGCAGGGUCCCACUGUGGCGGACCCUUUCGACUUUCCCACAGACGUCCCAGCUCCGGCCUAUACAGAGUCUUCGUCCGCUCCCAUUCCAAAGCCCAUCGCUAUUCCACAGCUUUGGCCCGAUGCGGCGGCACCGUUCCUUCCAGCAUACUCGCCUUCGCUCUUGAGGCAUGGGAUCCCCGACCAGAGUUGGGGGUCGUUCCUGGACACCUUGUCGGCCUUCCUGACGGCAAAGGUCUCGGACCGUGCCAUCAGCCACGCCGCGGAUAUCGGCCGACACGUUGGCAAUGUCCCGAAGCGCUUCGGCAAGAAUGUCGCAACGCACGCCAAGUCUAUUGGCCGCGAGAUCGCUGGCAACGCCAAGAAGGGAAACAUUAUUGGGGCAGCCUUUGGCGUCAUCGGCGGCGCCAUCAGCUUACCCGUGGCGACUGCGUUCGGUGCCGUGGGUGCCAUCACCAGCCUCCCGGCGUCCACUGCCAGCGCCGUAGCCCGCAAGCCGCAGACGGCUCGGGAGAGAGCGGUGGCGUACACGGCGGUCGCGAACAAGGAUUGGUUCAAUGCUCGCAACCUGCAGGCGCAGCUCAUGGACACCAGCGAGCUUAGUCAGCUGGUCGGGAUGUCCACGGACCGCUUUUUGCAGCUGGUGGCCUCAGGUAAGGACGAGAGCGCGGAAGCCCAGCUUGGUAUUCUUAGAACCAAUCUGGCUGAGUUGGAAUUGAAGGGGCCGGCCACGUUGGCCAUAGCGGAGAAGACUUUAUGGCUAGUUGUAGUAGAUCUUAAGUUAUGA